AUGGGUUUCGCCCGCGCUUGCGCGGGCGGGACCAGGUGGGCCCAGGAGCCAAGCGACCAACACUUUUACACGACAGGCCACGAACCGACCGCCGAUAGACGAGCGAUCACACGUGAUAACCAACCAGAGCAAUUUGCGGUUUUGCGACCGACCGAAAAAAAAGUCAUCGGCAUCGAUUUCCAAGUCCGCGCAAACAGACAUUUGUCGAGAAGUCAUCUUCGCAACCGAAAGAGGGCUUCAUACAACCACAUGCGACGACCUGAUUCGCAUCUAUCCAAAUUGAAAUCGCUGCCCGGCGUGUUGGAUAAAGGCUGCCGUCCCCUCGAUCUCCGGCGAGGUGGAGUCUGGGGCAUGACUACCACGAGCCGCGACGCUUACACUCCCCUCGAAUCGCUGUUCCUGCUCCGCGGCAUCGCCAAACACGGUCUCGACCAGCAGGCCUUCCACCGCAUCGCCGACGUCCUUCAGCAAAACCGCCUCAUCAAGACUGCUCCCUCCUACGAUGCCGCGAGACUGAGGCCCGAGCCUCUCCAGGAGCUCUUCCUCCACCUGCUGUGGGACGAGCUGAAGCAAGAGCACGACACUCCAGGUCCCAAACCCGAUGGUGGUCUGUCUCCGAACUCUAAAAGGCGACGGUUGCAGCCCCCGCCGCUGCCAACUCUGAGGGAGGCCCACCAGUAUGUGCCCAAGAUCGAGAGCCUUUACCGGAAACUCGAGCAGACCUACGUCAACCAGACUCUCCAGGAGAUCGAUCAGUACGAGAGACACUAUGACCGCGUUCAGACUGAGGUGCGGGUACUAGAGCAGGCAGUUGCUCGGGACGAGGAGCAGGAGAGGAGGCAAAAGAUUCCAGAUGGCGUACCGGCUCAGGACGGUCCCGUGGCACAUAAGCCGAGUCCGGCUUUGGGUCCGGUUCCCAGUCCAGUUGCGGUUCAGGGACCGGGAGCUAGGUUACCUAACGGCGCCGGUCACGGUCCUUCGCCAGUUGCUUCGCCACGUAUUGCUUCACCACGACUACCACCUCCGCAAACUCAGUCUCCCCGUACUCCUUCAACUCCCCAGCUACCGAUACCCACGCCUCCGCCGCCGCCGCCGCCGCCGCCGCAGCAGCAGCAGCAGCAACAGCAACAACAGCAACAACAGCAGCAACCGCCGAUUCCACCGCAGCUUCCGCCCCAGGUAUCCGCUCAUAUACCGCCACGGCCCGAAGUCGUUCGUCAUGCGAGCGUUCCUUCUCCCACGACUCAGCUACCACCAGUCAGGUCGAGUCCCGCUUCGUUGCCUCCUACUACGCUGCCUGCGACUCUACCUCCGACUACAACGGCGGCUUUACAGCCACAACUAGUUAGCUCUCCGCGGUUGGGACAUCACAACAUUCCUCGGGGUCCGAUUACGUCCGGUCCAGGUUCUCCAAGGCCUAUGACUGCCGGUGGGAUACCACAUGUCCUUCAACCACCAGUUUCGUUUUCCCAGGCGCCUCCUCAACCACCUCAGCCACCCAAACCUUCUACUCCUACCGGAGGACUGCCACGACUGGACGGCGUGACAGGGCCUUCGAGACAGUCUCCGGUUCUUCCGACUGCUCAUCACCCUGCAACUACUCUCCCCCAGCCACAACCUCCGAUCCCUGGACAGGCACAGGGUGGGCAACUCAAAUGGGAGCCUCCAUAUCAACCACAAGCUGGGCAUCGUCCUAUCCUGGGCCCUGGACAGCAACAUCCCCACUACAGCCCUAUACCACAAUCUCCCCAGCCGUUGCACUCGCCUAGGCUGCCUUCGCAUCUGCCACCUCAGCAGAUACAGCAACAUCCAGUGGUAUCAAGGCCACCCCAGCCGCCGCCUAUGAAGCCGCAGGUCUUGAUACCUCCUCAGACUGGUCAACACUAUGCCCCUCCUUUGCAGCCGGCACCUAUUAGGUCCAUGUCCGACUCACCUGGUCCGAGUCCUGUUCGGCAACCGUUGGCUUCUACUGCGGCUACGGGAAUACCCAGGGCUACUUUCCAGCAGCAUCCCUCGCCCUAUCCUCCAUAUCAUCUUCCGCAGCAUUUACAGCAGGGUGCUGCCGUUUCUUCGCCGCCGCAAUCGCCGUCUGCGAUUCCUCCGAGACUUACUCAUGGGUUGGCUGCCCCUCAGCAGCAACAAUCGCCUCCGCCGCUGCAGCCACAACAGCAGCAGUCGCCUCAACAUCAACCCCAGGCGCUACAGGCUCCUCCGCCGUUCAGCCAGCCGGUUACGACGUCUAUGGCCCCGUCGCCGUCUUUGGCGCCUAUCCAGUCGGAGGUACAGAGGGCUUACCCUUCGCCAUACCCACCUCAGUUGCCACAGGCUUCUCAUCCACCACAGGCACAUCCGCCGCAAGUAUCGCAUCCACACCAACCGCAGGCGCACCCGCCUCAGGCCCAUCCGCCUCAGGCCCCCCAAGUUCCUCAGGUGCCCCAAGUAUCACAGGCUCCUCAACCUCAUGUUCCUCGGGCACCACAGGUUCAUCCGACGCCACAUCUACCGCAUCCACCGCAAGCUGCCCUGCCCCAGGUUACCCAAGCUCAAUCACCGCGGAUCCCCCCGAUCACUCAUGCUCCUCAGCCGCCGGUCACCCAUGCGCCGCACGUACCACAUCCACCGCAACAACAACAACAACAACCACAGCCCCCGAUCCAACAACACAGGCCACGCUCACAUUCUGCCGCGACAACUCAUUCCGGACCCAGGUUCAGUCCCAUUGCUUCGGUCACUCAGACUACUCUGGUACCUCCCGCGAAAUUGGGCCUCGGCAGUGGCACCAAGUGGGUGUCUGCAGCUAGUGCGUCUACCCCCAAGCUACCUGAUGUCCGAUCUGGUGGUGAUGAGAUUCGGCCUCCUGCGUUUGAGCCGCUUAGUCCCGUACAGCAGCCUGCAGUUUUGCCAACGGCCAGACAAGAGCCGGCCAGACCUUCUCCGGCUCGGCAGCCGACGAAUGAAGCGUCCAGACCUAGAGGAAGCGUCCCUCUCGUUGGUCCCCAACCUACUCCGGCGUCACAGGCUCGUCAGCAAGCAGCUCAGAAGGUAUCGAGACCAGUGGAUAAACCAGCCGCUCCUGAACAACCCAGCACAGCGAAGGAAAUUGCUAAAGAAUCUGUCAAGGAGCCUGAGCCAGCCACCAGUGUUAAGAAUGAGGUGGACACGCCCCAGGCUACGAUGGACACGGGUGAUACGACAGCAGACGAAAGUGGGGCUGGUAAACGUCAAGCAGCUCGUCAAGCGAAGCGUAAACGGGAUGAGCUAUCACCCACUCCCGCUGCCACUCCCGCCGAAGCCACUCCCAACGGCAACGCAACCCCUGCCAACGAAAAAUCCGAACCAGAAGCGCCAGCGACGGCGUCAGCGGCACCACCGGACACAAACAGAGUCCUCUGGAGCCGCGGUUUCCACAAAGUCAGUGCCUCUGCCAUGGAACAAAUCGUCCGCCACCGCUCCGCCAACAUGUUUGCCGCGCCCAUCCGCGAGAAAGACGCUCCCGGUUAUCAUAAGGUGAUACUGCAGCCUCAAGACCUCAAAUCCAUCCGGGCCGCCAUCGCUCAGGGCAACCGCUCCGCCACCCAAGCCGCCGCCGCCCUACCGGGAGGAGACCCGGGACAUAUGCUCGUCCACCUGCCGCAAAUGGAAGAGCUCGUUCCCCCCAGGGGCAUCAUCAACACGGCCCAGCUGGAUCGCGAACUGGCGCACAUGUUCAGCAACGCGAUCAUGUACAAUCCCGAUCGCUGGCACGGGCCUGGGAGUUCCUUCCUAGCGGAAAGAGAGGAAAGGACCGAUGACAACAAUCAGGCAGGUGGGCACGGCCACGGUCAUCCGGGGGAUGUGCUGGGAUACAAGGUUGACGAGUUCGGCGUGGUCAAAGACGCGAGGGCAAUGUUUUCCGAGGCUGAUUCGCUGUUGGCGGACUUGAGGGUUGCGGAGGACGGGAGGAUCAAGACGAUGAUGGAGGAUGGGACGCUGCAGAUGCCGGGGAAUGGAAGUCAAAAUCAUUCUAGGCAGACGAGUAAGGGUGGUGAGAAGGCUGAAGAGCAGAAGGAAAAGGAGAAGCCUUCUGGUGACGGUGAUAAGGAGAAAGACAAGGAUGGUGAUGUAUCGAUGGUUGGCGAUAAGGAGGGGGAGGCGCCAGGGGAUGGGAAGCUAUUUAUCUCCACAACUUCGACCGCGUAUGACUAUCUCUACCGUAUCUCCCGUCGUCCUGGUCUCAAAAACUCUCAUGGCUCCCUAGACAAGUUCAAGUAA